AUGGUACACAGACUCCACCAAGCCUUACAUUCAGAGGAAGUUCAUGUGGCCCUUACAAGACCCCAAAGGAUCUGCCUCGACAAGGAUUCUAGCAUCGAGGAGUAUUAUCGGCAGGCAUUCCUCUCGUUGUAUCUAGGAUUGCUGCCCAAAAUUUACCAGCUCCUCCAAGAGCCUGUAUUGACUGCAGAAGUACCCGUAUACCAUUUGGCUCAUCUCUGUGCCGAGGCUUUCCAGAAAGCGCUAUCCAUGGAGGCUCUUGAAGGCAUGUUCACAAGUAUCCCGGAGAUUUUGGACUCAAAAGCCGAUAGAACUGUGGUUAUUGAAAUGUUCCACGUCAGACUGCUCCAGCAACUGAAGCAAUUGAAUUCGGGGUGCAAGCCGAAGCUGCAUGCCUGA